UGAGCGGAGAGCACGAUGCCAAACAAUCGCUUUCCCAAGAUCGAUCUCCAGGAGAUCCGCGAUGAUUUCAUCAAGUUUGAGUUGAGUGAGACGGAUACGAGUGUGGCCAACGCGCUUCGUCGGGUCAUGAUUGCCGAAGUCCCCACCCUUGCAAUUGACCUGGUGAGCAUCGAAAUCAACACCAGUGUCAUCACGGACGAAUUCCUGGCGCAUCGUUUGGGCAUGAUUCCUCUUCGAUUGGAAGGUGGUCUGGAAGCUUUCAAGAAGCGCUUUGUUUACUCGGCCGACUGUGACUGUGACGAACAUUGUCCUAAUUGCAGUGUCGAAUUUGAAUUGGACGUCCGCGCAGAAAGCGGGACUCAAACGGUCACGUCGGAUUCGUUGCGAUCACUGGAUCCGUACAUCAAACCGGUUCACUUCAGCUCGGAAGAGGAAGCGAACAACACACAAGAUACGGGAGUGAUCAUUGCCAAGUUGGGCCCAGGGCAGCGUUUGAAGCUGAAUGCAAUCGCAAAACUUGGCAUUGGCAAGGAGCAUGCAAAGUGGUCUCCUGUUGCAGUCGCCACAUACAUGUUCGAACCUAUCAUCACCCUCAACCAGAAUGUCUUGAGCACGUACACGAGCGAACAGCGCGUGGAAUUGUACAAAUCAUGCCCCACUCGAGUCUUUGAAAUCGACGACACAUAUGACACAAUUCAAGUGGAAGACAACAUGCGAUGCAUGUACUGCGACGAAUGCGUCAAGUUGGCGAGCAGCUAUCGGGAAAACCCCGAAGAUGACAUGGCCGUUACUGUCAAGGCCACUCAAGAUAAAUUCAUCUUCUCCGUUGAGACCACAGGUCAACUAAAGCCUGAGGAAGUGGUGAUAUGGGCGCUGGACAUUAUCAAGGACAAAUUGGCCGCCCUGAAACAUCAAUGCUUAGAACUGUCUCACGACGAAGGCAUGCCGUCGCAAAACGUUCCUAUCACUCCGUUUGGAUAAGUGAACGAUUCAGGGGCAUUCCCUUGAUUGAAUAAGAUAUCAACUCAUUCAAUCACGCAUCACUGGGCGAAGAUGAAGUGUUGGCGUUGGGUGCUGCUAUUUUGGCAAAGGGAAGGGUCAACAUAUUUCCAUGCCAAUACCCCAAGCAUGAAAUAGACGCUUGGAGCCGAUCAUGUAGUUGCUUCCUUUCGUCAAGAUAAGUUUGGAAUGAUAUCACUUCCUCCGUGACGGUGGAGGGGGAUGGAUG